UAGGAAGACCGCCUGCCCACCGGACGGCGGUCGCGGCCUGAUGACGUCGCACAAUGGCCGGCCCCCGCGGGUAGUGGAGCCCGUUUGUUCCGCUCGCGUCGCGCCUGAAGCCGGAGCCUGUGAGGAGCGGAAGGACCGAGGGACGUCUUCUCGGCGCCGCCCCGACUCCAGCGGAGCCGUGGCCCCCUCUCCGCCCUCGCGCUGAGAACCGUGGGUACCGAUGGACGUGGCUGAGAGCCCUGAACGGGAUCCUCGAUCUCCAGAGGGUGAAGAGGAGUUGCAGCAGGGACUCUCGGACGACGAUAUUCUGAGGGAAAGUGGGUCUGAUCAGGAUUUGGACGGAGCUGGGGGCCGGGGUUCCAACUUGGAAGCUCAGGAACAUGUGGCCCAGGGCUGGGGCCAGGAGGAAGAGGAGAGUCGCUCUGAUGAGGAGGACCGGGCGAGCGAGCCCAAGUCCCAGGAUCAGGACUCUGAUGCUCACGAGCUGAGCAGGGGCCCAGCUAGCUCCCCGUGUGAGGACGAGGGGGAUGAGGACCGGACAAGUGACCCUCGGGACGAGGCCUCCUCAGUCACCCGGGAGCUGGACGAGCAUGAGCUGGACUAUGACGAGGAGGUGCCUGAGGAACCAGUCCCAGCCGCGCAAGAGGAUGAGGCCGAGAAAGCUGGGGCCGAGGAUGAAGAGGACAAAGGUGAAGGAGCUCCAGGGGAGGGAGAAAAGUUGGGUGUCAAGAAUGUGGAAGAAAAAGAACCCCUGGAGGCUGUCAAGGAGAAAAAAAAAGAGGACGACGAUGGGGAGAUCGACGACGGGGAGAUUGAUGAUGACGAUCUGGAAGAAGGCGAAGUCAAAGACCCCAGCGACAGGAAGGUGAGGCCGCGCCCCACCUGCCGAUUCUUCAUGAAAGGCAACUGUACCUGGGGAAUGAAUUGUAGGUUCAUACACCCUGGAGUGAAUGACAAGGGGAACUACUCCCUCAUCUCCAAAGCUGACCCCUUCCCGCCUAACGGCGCCCCGCCUCUCGGACCUCACCCGCUGAUGCCUGCCAGCCCUUGGGGUGGGCCAGUAGUUGAUGAAAUUUUGCCUCCGCCCCCUCCAGAGCCCCCAGCAGAGAGUGCCUGGGAGCGAGGACUCCGGCAUGCAAAGGAGGUAUUAAAAAAAGCAACCAUUCGGAAAGAACAGGAGCCUGAUUUUGAAGAGAAAAGGUUUACAGUGACCAUUGGCGAAGAUGAACGGGAGUUUGACAAAGAAAAUGAAGUCUUCCGAGAUUGGAAUUAUCGGAUCACAAGAGAUGUCAGAGAUACAGCCCUGGAGCCUUAUGCAGAUCCUUACUACGACUACGAAAUAGAACGGCUCUGGCGCGGUGGGCAGUACGAGAACUUCAGGGUGCAGUACACGGAGACAGAGCCGUACCACAACUACCGGGAAAGGGAAAGGGAGCGCGAGAGAGAGAACAGACAGCGCGAGCGGGACCGGGACCGGGAGCGAGAGCGCGAACGGGAGCGCCGGCAGAGGGAGCGCGAGCGGGAGCGGGAGCGCGAGCGUGACAAGGACCGGCAGCGGAGGAAAGAGGAGUGGGAGAGAGAGCGAGCCAAGCGGGACGAGAAGGACAGACAGCACAGAGACCGGGACAGAGAGAGAGAGCGGGAGAAGGACAAGGAGAAGCCAAAGCCCCGGUCCCCACAGCCACCAAGCCGUCAAGCUGAGCCACCAAAGAAGGAGGCAGCCUCAGCAGGCCCACAGGUCAAGCGGGCGGACGAGUGGAAGGACCCCUGGCGCCGAUCCAAGUCUCCCAAGAAGAAACUCGGGCUGUCAGUCUCCCCUAGUCGGGCACGGAGACGUCGGAAAACAUCAGCCUCAUCGGCCUCGGCCUCCAAUUCCUCCAGGUCGUCCUCCCGCUCCUCGUCCUACUCCGGCUCUGGCUCAUCACGUUCCCGUUCCCGAUCGUCAUCCUACAGCUCCUACUCCAGCCGCUCCUCCAGGCACAGCUCGUUCUCAGGGAGCCGAUCCAGGUCCCGGUCCUUCUCCUCGUCCCCGUCCCCGUCUCCAACGCCCUCCCCACACAGACCUCCUGUCCGCGCUAAAGGGGAGCCAGCCCCGCCUCCCGGGAGAGCAGGGGAGAAGCUGGUGAAGAAGCCAGCCCCGCCUCCAGCCCCAGCCCCGUCCACCAAGACCCCAGCUCCUGUGCCCGAGCCCACCAAGCCAGGGGAGCCACGGGAAGCCAGGAGGAAGGAGCGGCAAGCCAGGAGCCCCCCCAGGAGGCGAACCCGCAGCGGCAGCGGCAGCGGCAGCAGCUGUAGCGGCUCCAGCUCCAGAUCCAGGUCAUUGUUGAGCCCGUGCUCGGGGUCCUGCUCUUCACCCCCACCCUCCCCGUCGGGGUCCAGGACGUCCCGGUCCUUGAGCGUGAGCAGUGUCUCCUCGGUGUCCAGCGCCACGUCAAGUAGCAGUUCUGCGCAUAGUGUGGACUCAGAGGACAUGUACGCGGACCUGGCUAGCCCCGUGUCCUCGGCCAGCUCACGGUCCCCCACCCCUGCCCAGACGAAGAAGGAGAAAGGAAAAUCUAAAAAGGAAGAUGGCGUUAAAGAGGAGAAGCGGAAAAGGGAUUCGACCACACAAGCCCCCAAGUCCGCGAAGCCCUCUGUGGGCAGCCGGUCAUCCCAGCAGCCCUUAGCGCCACAGCAGGCACCUCCGGGGCAGCCCCCUCAGGGCACGUUCAUUGCCCACAAGGAGAUCAAGCUGACUCUGCUAAACAAGGCGGCUGACAAAGGAAGCAGGAAGCGCUACGAACCGUCAGACAAGGACAGGCCAAGUCCUCCUCCAGCCAAGCGGGCCAACGCCUCCCCAGACCGCGGUUCUCGGGACCGGAAAUCGGGUGGGAGACUCGGCUCCCCAAAGCCAGAGCGGCCGAGAGGGCAGAACCCCAAGGCGACUGUGGCUCAGCCCGACAGGAAGCGCCAGGCGUCGCCCCCACCCAAGAGCUCCAGCAAGGUCACCAGUGUCCCCGGCAAGGCCUCGGACGCCAGCGCCACCACCGCCGGCACCAAGCCGGGGAAGGCCAGCACGCUGUCGCGGCGCGAGGAGCUCCUGAAGCAGCUGAAGGCCGUGGAGGACGCCAUCGCGCGCAAGCGGGCCAAGAUCCCCGGGAAGGUGUAGCGGGGCCUGCGGGCUCGGCGCCCCGCCCUGCCUCGGGUUAGAGACUCUUCUGUUUUUAUAAAUAGGGUGAGCGCAGCCAUUUUGGAUUUUGCAGUUAAUGUCUUAUUUUGGCUGUGAUUCUUUUUAAAAAUUAAAAAAGGAAAAAAAAAAGUUUCUCAGCUGGAAAAGAAGCCACACACGAUGAAGACGGCGCUGGGUCCCAGGCGCCUCCCGCAGACGGACAGAGAAGCCCCUGACAGGCAGGCGCAGGCACUGAGGCCGAGUUACGUCACCGCCAGCCCCGCACCCGCUCCUUUCCCUCGCGGCCCCCCACUGCCAGUCCGGUGUGUUCCGAAACCUCGAGGGGGCCGGUGCCGAACUCUCCCUUCCUCCCCCACCCCAGGAUCAAAAAAUAUAUAUAUAUAUUCUUGACUAAAGUCUGAUUGGGAAAUAUUUCCUAUCUUAUUUUAAACAUCAAAUUGUUUUAGUUGAUUUAAAAAAGAAAAAAAAAAUACCUAGAAGACCAAAAAAUAAAAAAGGCCAAGGGUAUUAAGGGUAUUGCUGGGGCGUCUGUCAAACGUGGAGGGUCUUUUUUGAGGGUCUCCCAAAAUAAAGUAUUUUGAUAAGCA